ACAGAUUAUAGAUUUUUGCGACAACGACAAGUGGCGAAUUGUAAAUGUUGAUUUGAUCUUUGUUGUUUUUGUAGUUUAACAUGAUUUAACAUCGAUUGUAAUGAAAUAGUUAUGAAUUUAUAGAGAAGUGUAUUAAUAUUUUGAAAAUGGGGAUAUUCAUGUCCUGUUGUAAGCCCUCGGCGUCGGAUGUCAUAACUCCAGAUGCCGAGACAAGACGUCGUCAGCAAGUGGAGGCAGCAGAGAAGCGGAGAGCGGAGGAGGCUGCACGUGGGGUGAAGGACCCUGAAAGAGUGAAGCGCAUGCAGCAGAGAGCAGAGGAGAUGGAGCGCAGGGAGCAAGAGCUGCAAAAGGAGGGGGGAGCUACUUUGAAGUGGACGGCCGACUGAGAUGAGGCCCCACAGGAGGGGGGAAGCGGUCAGCAAAGGAAAAAUGAUAAA